AUGCUCCUGCUCUCUUCCCCCGUCGCUUCCAUCACGCCGGUAAAUCCUCGCCGGCGACGGCCCCCGCCUUCGCCCAGUCUCGACGCUGUGAGGCGCUUGGUGGAUUCGACGACCUCCAAAAACCCCGCCGCCGUCUCCUCCUCCCCGGCCUCCGAACACCCCAUCCAAGCACUCCGCCGGGGCGACUGGGUGAAGCUCAUCUGCGGGGCCAGCUUCGAGGUAGAGAAGCUUCUCUUUCAAGUAGGGGGAUAAGCUCUUCGUUCUUCCGGCUCAUCUUCUGUGGCUCUCGUGUUCUUGAAAAUUUUUGAGCAGGAUGCUGCGGACGUGAGGAAUCUCUCUCUUUUAUAUGCCCUAGCGGGAGGUCAGAACGUGUAGAAUUGACAUAUCAAUUAAUUGUCUGCAUUUUUUUCCCACCUCACAUGCUGUUUUCUUGAUUGGUGUGGUCGCGGUGUUGCAGUCGAUUGCAUCGACUGUGCGGCCGACGCGUCGGUUGUGAACGCGGUUGUCGAAGGGGUGGAAAUGGCGAUGUCGAUUGCUCCAGUCCCGAGACCGUGGGUGAUGAUCAGCAUCAACGACGACCAAGCAGACGUUCACUUCCGCAAAGCAGGUAGGACCCCGCCAUGAUCAGGAUUCCCAUGAUGAUCAAUCGUCUCAUCUCUCCGCAGUCACGGCGAGGAACCUACUCAAAUCGGAGAACAUUUCUCGAAACUGUUCAUCAAUAAGAUCAUGCGCCCCCCUCCCCUCCCCCCACCCACCCCCAGGAACAUACAUGGACUUUCCGAGAAAUUUCCUCGAAAAAAAUAAGAAUAUCUUCGGAACUUCCCGUGGAGUCUUCUUGGUUUUCAUUAUCGCUUCAUCGCUUCUUCUAAUUCGGAGCGUUGAUUGCCUAUUCUUAGCCAGAAUUCGAUCCCGAGGACUGCCCUCCUGAUUGCUCCAGGCCGUGCGAAAGGGUUUGCCCCGCUAAUGCAAUCUCUCUGGAGAGGCUCUCCGUAAAAGAUGAAUCACCAGAUGGUCUGAUUCCUCGAGGUGUUCUUCAGGUAGUCAAAACCCUCUUCAGCCAGGCCUGCUGGUGGAUCUCCAUAGUUUGCCGUUAUUUAUGCGGACUGCGUUUUUGAAACUUUCUGCAGGGUGGUGUUAUUACAGAACGGUGCUAUGGCUGCGGCCGUUGCUUUCCAGUCUGCCCAUAUGAUAAAAUAAGUAGGUUCAAAGCUUUUUCACACUUUUUUGAGCAAAUUUGAUCUCAAAUAAUCACAACGAUCAUUGAUUUUCUUCUUGUUAAUUAUCCUGGAUUGGAUGAUACACUCCAUGAGAACUUGAAGCAGCACGUUGUCUUUCCCUGUUCCAGGAGCCAUGACAUAUAUCAGAGAUGUGGCAGCCACCUCAGAACUCCUGAAGAGAGAUGAUGUGGAUGCGGUGGAGAUACACACGAGUGGAAGGUCCUAAAGGAUUUCAUGUGGAAAAAUAGUUGAUCGUCAGCCAUUGUUGUUCUUUUUUUAUCAUGUUAAUCUCAGCUAUCUAUCUAUAUAUGCAUACAGGCAUCCUGAUCUGUUCAGAGAGCUCUGGAAUAGCUUGGGUGAUUCACUUAAUCACAUGAAGCUGAUAGCAGUUAGUCCCAAGCUCGUGCCAUUUAAAUAAUUUUCUGUAUUCUUAUCAUCUUUCUAUAUCUUAAUCUUUUUGCAUCAGGUUGUCAUCUGAUCAUUGUUUAACCGCACGAUCCAUUUAAUUUAAUCAAAGAUCAUCCUCACCUUCUUCUUUGAGUUAAAAAGUGAGACUACCAGCAUGAAACAUGUAAUUUAAGCAAAAAUAGGUGGGAUGUUCUCUAAAAGUAAAAUAAAUCUUAGGAUCAGAUCUUGAACAAAUCUUUGGACAAACUUUGAAAAAGUAAAAUAGACUCUGAACAGAAGCAAAACAAAUAAGAGGAUAACAGCGAUCAGAAUUUAAAAAGAACAAAACAGAUACUGAACAACCAACUGAAAUUGGACCAGUCUUCUCGUGAUUUUCUGUGGCCCAAUAAGAUUUUGGACUUCUGUUUGGUAUUCUCCUUUUCACGGCCUAAUUCUAAAGUUGCUGAUCCUCCAAUUUUGGGUUCUUGUGUGUUUUGGUCGGCAUUAGGAGCAAAAGUUUAUGAUGUUGACAUGACCCCACAAGACCAGAAACUGGAGUUGGCUUAAACCAUAGAGUCCUCUCAAAUUAGAUACCAUAGAAUAUGAAUCAUUAAGUAUCUUUUUCUAAAAUAAUAAUUGUAGGUGUUAUAGUUCACCCCUCCUUUUCUUGCAGAUUAGCUUACCCAAUUCUGGAGAAUCGACUGUAUCUGCAAUGGAUAACUUGUACUUAAUUAUCAAGGAAAACCUUCGAUGCCAUAAUUUAUGGCAGGUACGUGACUGAAUUUCGCAGAUAAGUUUUUUAACAUUUUCUUGUUGGGAAAUUGUUGGCAAAUUUUGUUUCAAUUGUUCGAUUGAAUGGGCAGGGUGAGCUACGUUCUCUCAUUUAUCCCAUGAAAUUAAUUCUUUCCAAUUUCAUUCUACUGUCACUAAUGACAAACUUAAUUUGUUUCUGUUGCUUUGGAUUGUUCUCAGUGGCACUACCAUAUUCAUGAUUUUAUCCAGUGAAUUAUUCGAAUCUCGUUUCAUGCCUUAAUAAAACGGGGAUUGCACAUAAAUUCAUAACUUUAGCUGCAAGGGAAUUCCCCACCUAUUUGGAAAUAGUUCCACCUUUGUUAGUGAAAACUAAUCAUAGAAAGAUCCUUAUUGUGCUCUCUUCAUUGCUUUUCAUCGUUUGACCCUUAUCAUGCCUACUAGUAUCAUUUAAAUAACUUUAUAAGGGAAUCUUUCAAAUCUGCUCUUACAUUUCACUGAGUAGUGAGGAAAAAAAUACAACUUUAGGGGUUUAAGAUUUAGAGUUUAUGGUUUUAGUUUUUUCCAUUGACUGGAAAGGACAUAAAUUUAAUGUCUUCACUCAUAUUAGUGAAAAUAAAAUUUGAAGUAAAUAAGACCCGCGCUGCUAAUUACAAGUUUUUUUAUGGAUUCAGCUGGAUGGCCGACCAAUGAGCGGAGACAUUGGCCGAGGAACCACCAAGGAGACCAUUGACUUCGCUGUUCAUCUGGCUGCUGCCCAGGACCGUCCUCCUGGUGCUUCCCUCGAUCCGUCGAUCUGAUCUAAACUACAUCCCUUGCGUAUUUCUAUAUGGCCCUACUGAUUUUUUUCUACCAAGAUCUUUUCUUUCUUUAAGGGUUCCUUCAGCUUGCUGGCGGUACAAAUGCCCACACAGUAGACUGCCUCAAGAAAGUUGGGCUUUUCCAGGCAUGGUCUAUUCCUGGUAAUAAUAUAAUUAUUCCCUCUUUCGGUAUGAAUGCCCUUUUUUUUUUUUGGAAGUUCUUCUUCUAGGAUGGGCUGUUUCGAUGAAUGAACUCUUUUCUUCAAAUGGGCAUUAAGUAAGGAUCAGCCAAUCUGAUCCUUUGGACCUACUUCGGAUGGGCCAUUCAACUUGGUUGAUCUGUUCCUCGCUCCAAUCCAGACCCAGAUUAAGAUUGGCAGUCGAGAAGAUAUUAGACAAUAAAAUUUGAGAUUAUAUUUGCUACUUUCUCAAAUCUUUUGAUAAUCAUGAUGAUCUUUAUCAGAUCAGACAAAGGACGGUGCUUCUUGUUCCACUGCCAUCAUGCCUGGAGCUCCGCCAGCUCUGAUCGGCGGCGUGGCGUUUGGGGGCUACGCUCGGAAGGUAUUGGUUCCCUCUCUUCCUACUAGCAAAGUUGUUGUUAGUAAGGCCCGGGCCCGGAAGAAAGCCUCAGAAAUGGGCUCCGGGCUGGUUUCCCAUGAGAAAUCUUGAAGCCCGGGCCUGGCCCAGAUAGAGGUCGGGUCAGACCCUUCCCACUUUUUGUUCUUGUCUAAUAUGAUUGUGAUGAUUAUGCCCGGACAAAGUGUUGCCGGCCCAUUGACACUUGGGAGUCUGAUGCAGAUUGUGGGGCGUGUCCUAAGUGAGCUGAAGUCGGGCCAGAUCGAAGACCACCCGGAACAGCUCCUGGUGGGCCUCAGAGAAGCUCUCAAUCUGGUGGGUCCCAUGAAGUGUGGCAGACCCACCAUCUAA